CGAGGAUGAAAGUGAAAUGUUAUAAAAAGAUGAGGACCAAAACCAAAUAACACUAAUUUUGUAGACACAACACAAGCAGUAGAUUUGAUAGCGAGGAGAUGAUUCUAUUGUUCCACAUAUGAAGAUGGCGAAUUAUCCUCUAGUCUUCAACAAAGGAGGAUGCGAUGGCGAUCACCGAUGUGAAUGUGCAGCCGCAACGGUAGCAGCAGCGGAGGCGGCGGCUAUGGUGGUCGGAGAGACAUAGUGUUGUCGGUAGAGUGAGAUUUGUUACAUUACAUGAUCAAAUUUCUUCCAAUUUUUUUAUUAUUAUAUCUGAUUAUUAAUUCUGCACUAUACCAAAAAGGGUUGACAAAAUCAAAAUCAAGAUUGAUGAAUUAUGUAACAUGACUUGGUCUUGUUGGGUAGAUAGAGAACAAUCAUGAAAUGUUCUGAGACAACCAUAUCUUACUAGAAUCAUAUACUCAUCAUCAUCAUAAAGUCUUCAACUCUUAGUUUCAAUCCAAUCCACAGUACUCUUACAUGGAAGAAUCUCAAAGUUCCCAGCAACAUCUUCUAUUAGAUCACAGGGCAGAGGCAGAGGCAGAGAAUCCAAGCUCCAAUCCCAAACCACCACACAAGAAGCUAGCUCUUCUUCCUCUGAUUUUUCUUAUAUAUUUUGAGGUUGCUGGUGGCCCUUAUAGUGAAGAGUAUGCAGUGGGAGCAGCAGGCCCUCUCUUUGCCAUCCUUGGAUUUGUGGUCUUCCCUUUUCUCUGGAGCAUCCCAGAGGCUCUUCUCACUGCUGAGCUAGCUACAACUUUCCCUGGUAAUGGUGGGUUUGUCAUAUGGGCUAAUGAAGCCUUUGGUCCCUUCUGGGGCUCUCUCAUGGGUUUCUGGAAGUUCUUCAGUGGGGUUAUCAACUUGGCUUCAUUCCCAGUUCUUUGCAUAGAUUAUCUCAAGCUUGUGAUUCCAGCUUUGUCUUCAGGUGUGCCUCACUUUGUAGCCAUAUUUCUGUCCACUUCUGUGUUGUCCUUUCUCAAUUACUCUGGCUUGGUCAUAGUUGGGUACACUGCAGUUGCUCUGGGAGUUAUUUCUCUUUUGCCUUUUGUGUUGUUGUCAUUGUUUUGCUUGCCCAAAAUUGAUCCCAGCAGAUGGUUGAGCUUGGGUCAGGAGAAGAAGGAUUGGGCACUCUACUUCAACACCAUCUUUUGGAACUUGAAUUUUUGGGACAAUGCUAGUACUUUAGCUGGUGAAGUUGAUCAACCUCAUAAGACAUUUCCAAAGGCUUUGUUCUCUGCUGGGUUGCUUACUUGUUUGGCUUUUCUAAUUCCUUUAUUGGCUUCCACUGGGGCCAUGCCACUUGAUCAACAGAGUUGGGUUGGUGGGUAUUUUGCAGAUAUUGCUGAGAUAAUUGCUGGGAAGUGGUUGAAAUAUUGGAUGGAAAUUGGUGCUGUUUUAUCAAUUAUUGGCCUUUUUGAAGCUCAAUUGAGCAGUGCUGCAUACCAGCUUCUGGGUAUGGCAGAGUUAGGAUUUUUACCUAGAAUUUUUGGGGAAAGAUCAAGGUUUAAUACUCCUUGGAUGGCAAUUUUGGUCUCAGCAGUUAUAGCAAUUGCUGUGUCCUUCUUAACAUUCACAAAGAUUAUAUCUACUGUGAAUUUCUUGUACAGUUUGGGGAUGCUUUUGGAGUUUGCAUCUUUUCUUAAGUUGAGGAGAAAAUUCCCAGCAUUAAAAAGGCCAUAUAAGGUUCCACUGGGAUUCCUUGGUGUGGUCCUCAUGUGCUUGGUUCCAUCUGUACUUUUGAUCUGUGUGAUGGUUGUUGCUACCAGAACUGUUUAUGUGGCUAGUGCCUUCUUAACCUCUGUUGGGAUAGGGUUGUAUUUUUUGAUGAAUCUUUCCAAGACCAAGAGGUGGAUUGAAUUCAGUAAGGUGGGAGAUAAAUUGGAUGAAGAUGACAAUGCUAUAUAGAAUUUGGGUAAUGAUCGUUACAAGUAUGAUUGUAUCACAUUGUCAUAUUUGGUUUUUUUUUUUUCUAUGUAUAAUUCUGCAAUAGAAAUUGGAUUCUCCUUGGUCAUCAAUGAAUUUUUCAUUUAUAAUUUGAUGGGCAACCGUCUGAAUGA